AUGGCUUCUGAUAGGGAUGCUUCCGAGAUAUCUCCUCUGCUAGGCAAGACUGGUAACGGAAGCAUAAUCGGCAGAAUCGAUUCUGUCGCUGUUGAUGGGGGAUUGACCACCAAUGCCGCUGAUAUAACUGCGGACGUUGAACGUCGAACAUCAUUGGACGAGGGCAGAACUGCUCAAUUUCAAGGAUCACCCGAGAUCCAGAAGAAGUUGAAAUACAUUGUUCCCGCCCUCUCGGUCGGGAUACUCCUGUCAGCAGCCGACCAGACCAUCAUCGUUUCCAGCUAUGGAACUAUCGGCAACGAGCUCAAGGCCCUCAACCUGACGAGCUGGAUUGCGACCUCUUACUUUCUGACCUUAACAUCCUUUCAGCCGCUUUAUGGUAAACUUAGUGACAUUUUUGGGCGGAAGGCUUGCUUGCUAUACGCAUACGCGGUUUUUGGUCUUGGUUGUCUGUUUUGCGGUCUCUCUCAGGACAUUAAGCAGCUGAUUGCGGCGAGAGUUUUCCAAGGCAUAGGUGGUGGUGGCAUGACUACCGUCGUGAGCAUCUUGAUAAGCGACAUCGUCCCGCUGGAAGACAGAGGCCUAUGGCAAGGCUACAUCAAUAUAAUCUACGCAACUGGCGCCGGAUGUGGGGCUCCCCUCGGUGGCCUCCUCGCUGACUCUAUUGGCUGGAGAUGGUCAUUCUUGGGGCAAGCUCCCCUGUGUCUAGUGGCCUUCAUAUCCGUAUUCUUCGUGCUCAAACUCCCACCAAAAGAGGAAAAGAACUGGAAAACAAACCUAGGAAGGAUCGACUUCCUCGGCGCCCUUGUGCUUGUUUUCGCAGUAUUCGACAUGCUCCUUGGGUUGGACCGCGGCAGCAACGUCUCCUGGUCCACUCCCCUCAGCUACGGCCCACUCGUGGCCUCCGUCCUCCUGUUCGCUCUCUUCAUCCUAGUCGAAAUGAAAUAUGCAGCCGAGCCCUUCGCCCCAGGCCACAUAAUCUUCGAUCGUUCACUCUUCGCCGGGUACCUAUGCAAUUUCUUCAGCUUUAGUGGCUGGCUCUCAGGCAUAUACUACAUCCCCCUAUUCUUCCAAGCUGUCGACGGCCAUGGCGCAGCCGCAUCAGGCGUACGCCUCCUCCCCGCCAUCCUCGCAGGCGUCACCGGGUCUCUACUCGGCGGGCUCGUGAUGAAGAAGACUGGAAAAUACUACUGGCUCACCGUGACCGCGUACACGAUGCUCGUCGGCGGGAUGGUGAUCAUUCUCCUCUUUGCGGGGACGAUAGUCAACAGCACCUGGGGUCUCAGCCUCGGUAUGGUGCUCUGCGGCUUCGGCAACGGCGUAGGGGUCACCACGACGCUCAUCGCGCUGAUCUCCAAUGCGGCGCCCGAGGACCAGGCCGUGACGACGGCAUGCUCAUACUUAUUCCGCUCUCUUGGAUCAGUCAUCGGCAUCUCGCUGAGCUCGACCGUCGUGCAGCAAUCACUGAGGAGCUAUUUGAUCCGCGAUCUAGGGAGUGGCGAAGAGGCGGACAGGAUUGUGCAGCGCGUGCGCAGGAGCCUGGAGUAUAUUCGGACGCUGGAUCCCGAGGUGCGGGAUAUGGUGAGGAGAUGCUAUGGACAUGCUGUCCGAGAUGCAUUUGCGCUGAUGAUUGGCAUCACUUUCUUUGCCUUGAUUAGUAGUUUCUUCAUCAGAGAGAAGAGGCUGAGUCGAUAG